AUGGACGAAGUGAAAGCUCUGAAAAUUCUGGAUAGAUUAUCCCAUGUAAAUAUUGAUAAUCCGGAUCUAGCAACUCUGUCGAGGAAUGGGGUCUUGCUUGACCGCUCACUUUAUUCGCUUCCGGAUUGUGCAGUGCGUCGUCGUUUUUUUUCUAUCGUUGAAUGUUUCCUUAUUAGCUUGUGGCAGAAAAGCUGUUUUGGUUAUAAACAUUUGGGUGAGGAGACGCAUCACGUAGUUUCCGUAUUUGGCAUUUUGAAAGAUAUUGUGUUGGAAAUUUGUUUCAGUGCCGACACCGUAUGGUUUGGUGGUGAACAGUUAUGCCUUAAAACAAAUCCACUGAAUAAUGCAAUAGUGUUCCUCAGUUGCUGUUGGCAUGCAGCUGCACUUGUUAUCAAUAUAUGCAAUACUAGUGAAAUUCAGGAUUUAUUAAAAACUUCGACUCGAUUGAUUCCACAGCAUAGUUGUUUGUCAAUAGCCUUAUUGACGCAGGAUGAAAGAUGCCUUUCUACUGCUGUUGCAUUCUUGCGUAUGGAAACUGCUGAAAUUGACACACCACCUCAGCUUAAAGCCAUGCGGUUGUUCCGGCACACUUUAUUUUCAAUCGCUUAUGACCAUAAGGUAAUUCUGGAUUGGCUCUAUUCAGAAUUUGCCGCUGUACCCUUUGUAUUGCGUCUCCUCAAAAUGCUGAUCAAACAACAGAAGGAUGACGAUAAGCAACAGUAUAGCAGUUUUUCGUGUUUGCAAUGUAAUGAAAGAAACAAGAAAACUCGGUUUAUUCGGAGCAAAACGAUUUCUUCCGGUGAUGGUCUAACUCUUUGCAUUCAACAACUGCAUGGAGAUUUACCCGUCACUACCUCCUAUACAUUCUCCAAGAUCGAAAGAGAAGUAUGUCUGAUGGUGCCUGAACCAAGUGAAGAAGAAUCAGGCGAUCAGCAAAUUGUGAAAUGUUUCGAGAACUUACGAGCUUCUUGUAUACGUUUGCAAAAUUCGGGUGAUGCCCCGUUUAAUGUGAUGCCCAUAAUUCGCAUUAUUGAGCAGCUGCGGAAGGCACGAAUUGAUUCUGGACCUGGAGUUAACAUAUUUAGGCGAUGCGUUGGUUUGCGUUGUGGAGGUGCGCUGUCACGUGGUGGUGUUGAGGGUUUAGUGGUCCUAACAAUGUCGUCAUCUGGAAGCGAUCGUCAUCGAUCAAAAAGUCAUUCUCCUAGAAGUGAACGAUCUGACUCACGUAGCAAUACACCACCUCGUCGUCGUAGCCGUUCAAGAUCAGUUGAUCGUGCCGCUGAGCAGCUUGGUCGGCUUCAUAUAUGUAACUUCGAUGAGAGUUUGAGAAAAGACGAUCUGAAAGAUGCAUUCGGCAAAUUUGGCGACAUCGAUAAUGUUUGGUUAGCGUCUUAUCCACCGCUGUUUGCUUUUGUGACAUUCAAAGCGAAGGAAGAUGCUGUUGAUGCGCUGAAAGAGAUGAAUAAUGCGUACAUUGGCAGAAACAAGAUUAAGGUGGCUACAGCUCAUCCACCAAGAAAACCAGGUGAACGUGGUCCACCUCGUCGCUAUGGUGGUGGCGGUUAUCGAGGAGGUGGUGGUCCACGUUCAUAUGGUGGAUAUGGUAGUAGGGGCGGUGGAUAUGGUGGAGGAGGUUACGGAGGACGAUCAGGAAGUUCUCGCUCGUAUGGUGGAGGCGGUUAUCGAAGCAGUUACAGUGGCAGCGGAAAUGGUAGUGAUCGAAGGAGUGGCAGUAAUCGAUACAGUGAUCGCCGUUGA